AUGGCCCUGGAGGCAGAAGGCGACAGGGGUUCAUCCAGAGGGGCUCAUGAGGGAUGUCCCCGGGCAGCGCUGGAGCGCAGCGGCUACGUGAGGACGUGUGUCAGCCCGGUGGGUCGGGACGGGGAGAGCCAGUCGUGGCUGAGGCUGGCCGUGACACGGACUUGCCGAAGAGUGCCGUCUGCUGUCUGCGUUGCCUCCGUCUCCGUUAUUCUCGCUCUGCUGCUCAGAUUGGUGGACUGGGAUGCAGGCAGCAGCAGCAGCAGCGGUAGGAGCGGAAAUAGCGGCUCUCGCCUUCAUUUAGCGGCGGACUGCGCUGCGGAGCUGCUCCUGACUGCGUGCCAUUGCGUCUCCCCCGUUUUCACGCUCGCAUGUGCCUUCUUCUGGGUCUGGCUGUGUCUGAUUCGCUGCGGGGUUCUGGUGCGGAGCGCCGUGUUUUUGUUAGCGCUGUGCCACUUGGGCGAAGCCGCGGCGCAGUCCCUCCUGCGCGGCGCCGAGGAGCAGCUGCUGUCCCUCACCGCCACCCUGGUCGUCCUCGGCUGCCUGGGCAGCGGGGCUCUCCUGGUCGUCCGGCUGGGACAGGGAGUGUCCAUCCUGGUCUCCGUGAGCGUCAUCAGGGCCGCGUCUCUCGUCUCUCUGGGCAGAGUCCGGGCCGGUUGGAGACCCUACCUGGCCUACCUGCUGGGGCUGCUGGGGGUUUUGCUUGCGAGGUAUGCUGACCGGCUCCUGCCGGCCUCGGGGACCGGCGGGACGGGGUGCUGUGGCUCUGUGACCGGGGCGAAGGAGGAGGACAUCCCUGUCUUCAAAAGGAGACGGAGGUCCAGCUCCGUGGCGGCCUCGGAAAUGAUGGCUCAGGCGCAGAGCAACAGCAAGUCCCACCGCAGGACUUCGCUGCCGUGCAUUCCGCGGGACCAGCUCCUGGGACAGCCAGAGUGGGACUACAAGAGACCUCUAAGCAGAUCCCAGUCUUCAGGCACCAGUAUGAUAGUUGACAUUGCGGUGAUGGGAGAGGCCCAUGGCUUGAUCUCAGACCUGCUGGCAGACCCCUCGCUGCCUCCUAACACCUGGAGCUCUCUGAAGGCUGUCAGCAACCUCCUCAGCACCCAGAUCAGCCUCCAGCCGCUCCACCGACCUCGCAUCCCCACAGACACACACACCUGCUCCGAUUCAGAGGAUGGGCCCGAAAAAUCAGAGAGGUUGGCCAUUCCAAAGCGUCUGAGGAGGAGUCUGCCUCCUGGAUUGUUGAGAAGAAUUUCAUCGACCUGGACCACGACCACCUCAGCUACGGGGCUGCCGACCAUCGAGCCGGGCCCAGUGCGCAGAGACCGCUCAGCCAGCAUCAAACACACUCCGGACAGCGAUUCAUGGAACAACUCGUUGAUGAUGACCAUCUCAAAGAGCCGCUCCAUGUCUGCCUCCUGUGCUGUCUCUGUCUCUUCCAACCACCUCUACAGCAAAUCACUAGAAAGAGCCGGUUUCGCUCCCUCCAGCAUAUCACCUCUGGGCUCUCCAUGCCCCUCUCCUCCCGCCCAGGGAACGCCCGUCUCCAGCCCCACAAUAAAGACUUGCUCGGUGCAGCUCCCCGAACCGGCGGGGCCACUGGCAGAGCGAGUCCCUCUCUCUGUGGCCUCCAAGAGCCAUCACAGAGCCUUAACUCACAGCCAGAGCGCCCCAAGCUCCACUACCAUUCACUGGCGGCCUCCUUCACUCUGUGGCAGCUGUGGCAGGCCGUUCAACAACCGACUAAACCACAGGGUAGAAUCCGGUGGCAAAGGAGAUAGACUAGCCCAUCCAGAUGAGCGUGCAGUAGCCUCAUCCGACUAUGACAGCACCUACGACAGCACCUACGAGACCAACCACAGUGACAGCAGCGACUUUGCACAGAACGAGGAGGAUGGAGAAGGAGGCAAGAAGCCACCUGAAGCAAGGGAAGGUUACAGGGAGUGUCCCGCAGAGAGCAUCAUUCUGCAUCCACUUUUGCCAUCGCCACAGGAUGAGCCCAUGUUAGUCCCAGAGGCUCCAGAGAUGGCGGGGCUGGAGCCUCUGAUGAGUCAACUCAACAACUGGAACUUUCCCAUUUUCCGUCUUGUGGAGGACACACAUGGCAAGACGGGCUGUAUCCUCAGCCAGGUUUCUUACAGGCUCUUUGUGGACACGGGCCUGUUUGAGACCUUCAAGAUUCCCAUUAAAGAAUUCAUAAACUACUUCCAUGCUUUGGAGAAUGGAUACCGGGAUAUACCUUAUCAUAACCGGAUCCAUGCUACUGAUGUGCUACAUGCUGUCUGGUAUCUCACCACUCAGCCUGUGCCGGGCCUGCCCACCCUGGUAACUGAGAAUGGAAUACACACUGACUCUACAAAUGGAAUUACACCCAGAGCAACAAGGUUCCUGGUGUCCAGAAUGAACUCUGUGCAACAAGAAGGCUAUGGCUCCCUUGCAGGUCUUAUACCUGGCCUGGAGCUGAUGGCGCUGUAUGUGGCUGCUGCCAUGCAUGACUACGAUCACCCUGGAAGAACCAACGCUUUUUUGGUAGCCACCAGUGCACCGCAGGCCGUCCUGUACAACGACAGAUCGGUCCUGGAAAACCAUCAUGCGGCUGCAGCCUGGAACCUUUUUAUGUCUCGACCCGAGUACAACUUUCUUGUUAAUCUCGAGCACGUGGAGUUCAAACGCUUCCGCUUCCUUGUCAUUGAAGCUAUCUUGGCCACUGACCUCAAAAAGCACUUUGACUUCCUUACAGAGUUUAAUGCAAAGGUAGGUGAUGAGGGACUGUCUGUUAUUGACUGGGCCAAUGAGAACGACAGAUUGCUGGUGUGCCAGAUGUGCAUAAAGCUGGCUGAUGUCAACGGACCGCUCAAGUGUAAAGAGCUGCACCUCAAAUGGACAGAGGGGAUCGUCAAUGAGUUCUAUGAACAAGGUGAUGAAGAAGCAAACCUGGGCCUUCCCAUCAGUCCCUUCAUGGAUCGGUCUGCUCCACAACUCGCAAAGCUGCAGGAGUCUUUCAUCACUCACAUUGUGGGACCGUUAUGCUCCUCCUAUGACUCUGCCGCUCUCAUGCCGGGACACUGGGUCGACCCAUCCGAGGGAGAGAUGGAACCGGAAGUCGAAAAGGAAGAACAGGAUACAGAAGAGGAGGACACAGCAGAUGAGGAGGCAUCGACAGGUUCCGACACCUCCCAACGGCAAGAAACCAAAAAGGUGCGCAGGAGGAAAGUGUUUUGCCAAAUCAUGCAGCAUCUUUUGGAAAACCAUGAGAUGUGGAAAUGUUUGAUUGCUGCGGAAACCCCAGAGGAGGAGCAGGAAGAGAAGCCGAACUGCAUCGGCAGCCCAUCCGAUCCCAUCACGGCAAUCCGAGAGGAGGAAGAGGAGCAAGCAAGCAAAGAGGAGGAAUCGGCUGAUGACCUCGAUGAAAGGGAAGAAGCUUUGCCCGUAGAGGAGGAGAUCCUUCCCGAAUCAGAAACUUCAGGAGAAAAUUAGCAAGAACUAGCGUGAGAUUCUGAAAAGCAAACUUUUCUAAAACCAGGAUUUUGAAUGCUGUUUCAAAAUGUUUGUUUCUUUCCCAAGUAAACUAAAUAUGGUAGCCAGCACAUCACUUUGACACAACACUGUAGAAGAUGUUUUUGGUAAAAUGUGCCUAACAAAAACAGGGUUGAGCGCUGGGCUGACACAUGACCAGUGCGCCUGACACGAGAAAAGGUGAGCAAAAUAAGAAGUGACCCUAGAGGGGUAAAACAAGAAGAAAAAAUAUAAUGAAUAUAGGGUUUGAAAAUGUUCCUUUUAAAUGUAAUGUUUGUUUUAGUCGGGAUCUGGUGUCUUGCCCAUACUGCUGUCUGGGCUAACAGCACUCGUUCGCAGAUUUACUAGAGGAUCCAGUAAUAUUUCGUCCCAAUUUGCCGCUGUUUCUGCUGCUCCCAAGCUUCAACACUCUGUGGAGCCACCCAACUGGUCGAGGAUGUGCAACAAGCCCCUUCUUGAGGACAAUGGGAGGAAAGUCAGGGAAAAAGCUGUGUCCACUCAGGCUCAGUUAUAUAGUUUAUAUGAAAGGAUGGAAGAAAGAAGUCAGAAGGAGUGCACCGAGUGUACAUAUACCCACACAACCUUCACACCCCGCACACGUCCCCCUCUACACACAUAGGAAGCUUAACAAAGAACCCUGUUGCUCAAGAACCUUUGUUCUCACUCAAGGAAAAAAAACAACAACACACAAAACAAUAUAUUUUGUCCACGUCAAACAGGUUUGCAGUCAUUUUCCACCUGUCUUUUGUUACUUAGUGAGCACAGCACACCAACAGUUUUCAAGGCAACGCAGCUCAGGAAAGCAGAAGCCUGUAGCAAAACAGAAACACAAAGGACUUCCAGUGUCGUGCAUUUAUCUUGUAAAUGUUAUUUUUUUCACUCCCUUUGCUUUUUGAGAUGUCUGUCCACUAACUCCCUGUGGCUUUUUUUGCACAAUCAUACAACUAUGGCAUGGGAUAAAACACACAAUGCUACUGAUUACACUAAAACAAGCUUAAGGA